GUGGCCCCCCGGCCAUGGCCACCGGGCACCGCCGAGGGCCGGGGACCCAACGGCCUGGGAGCCUGCGACAACCCCGAGAAGUUCCAGUACGUGGAGAAGAGCCUCUCCUGCGCGCCCAGGUGCUCCCCCAGCGUGGAUGUCUACUGGUCCAGGGAGGACAAGGACUUUGCCUUCAUCUGGAUGGCCGUCUGGUCCACCCUCUGCUUCGUCUCCACUGCCUUCACUGUCCUCACCUUCCUGCUCGAUCCCCACCGCUUCCAAUACCCCGAGAGGCCCAUCAUCUUCCUCUCCAUGUGCUACAACGUCUACUCCGUGGCCUUCAUCAUCCGCUCCGUGGCAGGGGCCGAGAACAUCGCCUGCGACCGGGAGAAGGGCGAGCUCUAUAUCAUCCAGGAGGGGCUGGAGAGCACGGGCUGCACCAUCGUCUUCCUCAUCCUCUAUUACUUCGGCAUGGCCAGCUCGCUCUGGUGGGUCGUCCUCACCCUCACCUGGUUCCUGGCUGCUGGGAAGAAGUGGGGACAUGAGGCCAUCGAGGCCCACAGCAGCUACUUCCACAUGGCUGCCUGGGGCAUCCCGGCCAUGAAGACCAUCGUCAUCCUCACCAUGCGGAAGGUGGCAGGGGACGAGCUCACAGGGCUUUGCUAUGUGGGGAGCAUGGACGUCAGUGCCCUGACCGGCUUCGUCCUCAUCCCCCUCUCCUGCUACCUGGUCAUAGGCACCUCCUUCAUCCUCACGGGCUUCGUCGCCCUCUUCCACAUCCGGAAGAUCAUGAAGACAGGUGGCACCAACACGGAGAAGCUGGAGAAGCUGAUGGUGAAGAUCGGGGUCUUCUCUAUCCUCUACACCGUCCCGGCCACCUGUGUUAUUGUCUGCUACUUCUACGAGCGGCUGAACGUGGAUUACUGGAACCUCAGGGCCCUGGAGCAGGGCUGCCUGCACCUCCCCGGCCGGCGCGCUGCCAGCUGCUCCUUGGACACCUCGGUCCCCACCGUGGCUGUCUUUAUGCUAAAGAUUUUCAUGUCGCUGGUGGUGGGCAUCACCAGCGGGGUGUGGGUGUGGAGCUCCAAGACGCUGCAGACCUGGCAGAACCUCUGUAACAGAAAGCUGGGGGUGAGGACGAGGGGCAAGCCCUGCAGCGGGGUGAGCUGCGGGGGGGUCCACUGCCACUACAAAGCCCCCACGGUCAUGCUGCACAUGACCAAGACGGACCCGUAUCUCGACAACCCGACGCACGUUUAG